CUGGAGCUCUGAUUGCUCUUGCAGGUGGAAAAUUGUAGUCGUCGUCAGUCGAGCGAGAUUCUUGUACGCGGUUCUGCACUGCAUUUCCAGCUUCGGGGCAAGUGAAAAAGUGAUUUUUAGCUGAAUUUGAGUAUUCCAACGGGAAAAAAAUAUUCGACGCAAUAAUCGAGGAUCCAUUCCGAUCGGAAUUCGUUAGAGAAUCUAGUGAAUGGAUUGUGCAAAAAGUAUUGUGUGUUGAAGAAAGUUUUACUGGGUGAAGCGAAAAUUGUCUGGUUCUGCUGCGUGUCGAAAAAGUGAAAAAACGAGAUGUCCUUUGAUUUGUGAUAAAAUAGUAAUGGUGGUCAGCAGAAAUAUGUGAACUGAACCAGUUUUGCUUCCAAGGCGAAAAUCAGGUUUUCGCACAGUGCAAAAAUCAAAAUGCGUAGCGGAUUAAAUUCUGGCUGAGCUACCACCAGUGGAAGAAGUGCAAAGUGCGUCUGGUACCGUUUCUGGUUUCCAUCAGGGAAAAGCAGUUUUUCGUGGCACCCUACACCAGAGUCUCAAUCAGUUAACCACCUCGGCGGCAGCUCUUUGCCACUUAUAUUGGACAACAGUACAUCAUCGACAAACGGGUGCAAGGAUAAAGCACUGGCAUUAUCAGGACGCAUAUCUUGGUCUUCGAUAAAAUUUGAAUUUGCUUGUCCCGUUCCGGAAAGGACUGGACACGUCCCAAAGGAUCUCGAUUGGGAAGAGGCUGUUCCGCAGAUCUUAUCGAUGUAGCAAAUCGAAAUAGUCGAAAAGUACCGAUAGCAUUUCCGUCACAUAUUACGAACCAUCACAAACCAGUUACUGUCGUUGUUAUCAUCUGAUUUAUCUGUGAUAUAAUUACUCGAUUCAUUUCGCGUAACAAGAAUCCUUCUGGGGGAUCUGACUCCGUCCUAAAAGGGUGAAGGUGCUUUGUCCCCCUGGCCAACAAAACCUAGUGUGUGGAAAGUAGUGUCUAGUGAAAUUGAUGAGUCUAGUGGAAUGGAAAACCGAAGGUGGACAAUAUAACAACAUAAAUGGCAGCAUUUUGUGUGUGAUGGGAAUGGAUUAGAGAGCAGAAUCAAAACACUAGUGCUCAAAUAAAAAUUGGACUGUUCGUUUAUGACGAAUUAUACUUGAGUAAAUACGUGCCAGCAUAAAAGUCAUCUUCCAUGUGUAUGGGACUGAGGAAGCUAGAAUCGAACAAUUAGAUCAUAAUUAACCACAAUCACAAUUUUCAACACAAAGUGAAAUGCAAUAAUAUCUACUACAAUAUUUAAAUCACUAAACAAAAACCUUUAUCUCUAACGCCAUUCGUGUGUGAGAAAACCUUAAAAGCAGAAAUUUUUAAAUCUAAGAGAAAGCAAACUUCAACUAUCCCACGUGAAAAUCUACAUUAAAAUCAAAUUUAAGCAACAUAUAAGUGCAUAUAUACCAAGAAUCUAUAUUUCUUCGAAUCAAAAAACGAAAACAUAUUAAAAACCGUCAUUGCAUAAAGUCAUUUCCUGUGAAGAUUAUUAACUGGAAGUAUCUGUGAGUGAAAAAAAAAAUCAAUUUCAAAAUUUGUCUUGAUAAGUAUUUUUUUAGCAAAGUGAUCGAAACAUACUCGAAGAGACUUAGCCAAUCUGACUGCUGUCUAAUAGAGAAAAAAAAACUGUGGUUUUCGCCCCAAACAAAGUGGUGAAUCUACGCCUGAUAAGAAUAAAAGAACACUCUUUAUGUGCUCUGAAACGUGAAGAAGCUGAACUGUUCCUAAAACCAACACUAAAUUGGUUCGACAACAUUCCAAAUGAAAAAAGAAAACGAUUAGCCGGAAGUAAACGGGUGCAGCUCCUACCGGAAUAUACCGAAGCCAGGACCGCCAGGAGUUGAAUGAUAACGAUGCAGUUUUGUUACAAUUACUCAAUCCAAUACGAACAAGUCUGAAUAAGCUUUAAAGUGUGUAAGCUUACUAGUGAAUGAUGACGAUAGGCGUAAGUUUGUGUCUAAGUGAUAUUGCGCAGAAAAUAGUGCAAAUCUGUUAAUUCCCAUCAUCGGUAUUGCUAACGAUCAAUCUGGACAUCAAAAUGGGUGCAAUAGAAGAAGUGAUCAUCGAUCGCAGAUCGUUUAAACUAGUUUUCGAUAUCAGCGAAUCAUGGAAAAACGAAAGCCACAGCAGCCAUAGUGUGAAGAAAGUUAAUAACACUGUGAAUAUGAUAUGUGAUUUUAUUAAUUACCUGAUUAAAUUUAACGUUAAUAUUAGCAUACAUGUAGAGAAGAAAUUUUUUCUACGACUCCAGCAUUACACAACAAAUGACCAAAAUCUAGUGCAUAAGAGCCAAUUUCAUACGGUCGAAGAUACACCAAGUAUAAUUACAGUUGAACUACACACUAAGAACAAUUCUUCUGGAUACACAUCGUUUGAGGAGCUUCUGAGAUUAACUGAACGCCAGAGACGAAUGGAAGCACAUGGAUUCAACUCUUCGCGCUACCUGCGUCUCUGUGGUGGUGGGGAAAGUUCGCUCAACAACGGAACUAGUGCAUGGGGAUCACCUCCAUCCAAUGCCAAUACAGCGUCGUGGGGUGCAGUUGCUCCGCAACAACAGGGAUGGGGAAACACACCGCCAAAUCCGAACCAGAGACCAGACAUCGGAAAGCAGAUGCAACCGCCACAAGGACCCGUUGGUGGACCGAUGGGAGGUUCCGGCAACGGAGCAAACAGCUGGAAUCAGGUCGUCAAUACUAACAAGCCGCCACUUCAACCACCACCACAACAACAAAUACCGCAACCACCAAAUCAACCACCUCCUACUGGAGCUAAUCCUGGAAAUAGUAACAAUCAGCCUCCAUCCGCUCAGCAACAACAACCACCGCCACAACCAAACCAACAACCACCAGGCGGAAAUCCUCAACUCUCAGCUCAACCAGGAGCUCCAGUUCAAAGUUCAUCCUCUAAACUGGAACAUCUCAAUUCAAUGCGCGAAGCUUUGUUCAGCCAAGAUGGCUGGGGUUGUCAGCACGUUAACCAAGACACCCAGUGGGAUGUACCAGCAUCACCAGAACCUGCCAACAAAGAUGCUCUUAAAAUGAACAUCAACAAUGGAACAGAACUGUGGGAAACAAAUCUUCGUAACGGUGGCCAACCGACUCAACAGCCAACUCAGAAAACACCGUGGGGACCAUCUAGUAACAUCGGUGGUACAUGGGGUGUCGAUGACGAUAGCAAUGCGGAAAAUAGCAGUGUUUGGAACGGUGGCGCCGCCGCAGGUGGAAAUCCUCCCGUUGCUGGGCAACAAGGCUGGAAUCAAAAUAAUAACGCUAUGUGGCCUCCAAAUGUUGCAAACGCUCCACCCAAAAAAGAACCUGAAUGGACUGGUAAUGUGCCUGUACCUGGGGGAGCUAACAAUUGGGAGAACCGCGGAACCGCUGCUCCCCCUCCACCGCAUAUCCCAGCUCCACCAUUGGACAUGCCUAAUGUCGACAUGCGCAAUAUGCGUCCGCCGGGUGCUAUUGAACCUAGCCGUGAAUUCCGUGGAGAUCCAAGAGGUAUAUCAGGUCGUUUGAACGGUGCAUCCGGUAUGUGGGAUCAACAUCCAAUGCCCAAUACUCCUCUCAACAAAAUGCCUCCUCAAGCCCCUAUGCUUAACCCUGCAAGUGGUAACCAGUGGCCAGUAGGAGCUGCUGGCCCCCAGAAUGUUCCACCGUCUAAACCUCAAGCAUCAUGGGAUGAAGCAUCACCCCCGGCAAGUCGCCGUAAUAUGUCUAACUUAGACGAUGGAACUUCCUUAUGGGGAGCUCCUGCUAAUCCUAACCGCCCUAAUGGGCCUAAUGAGGGUAUGGUACGCAAUGGCAGAAAUCCUCUUGGGGGUAAUACUGGUCCAAUUGGACCUGGGGGAAUCAAUGGUCCAAGGCUUGGUGGUCCUGGAAAUCCAAUGAAAUCGGAUAUGUGGAGUCAUGGAGGACCUGGUGCAAUGCGCAAUGGUUCAUGGGACGACAACAGUAAUAAUUGGGAAGAUAAGGGUCCAGGCGGCCCCCUAGGAGGUGUAGGUGGGGGUGGGUCUACUUGGAACGAUGGACCAGGAAAUCCAUCGACAUGGAACAACAAAAAGCCAAUUGUAGGCGGUGGCAAUGUUUGGCCAGAGACAUCGGAUCUUAUCGCUGGUGAUUGGGGGGCUGGCAUUGGUGCUGGUAAGCCACCAAAUAAGCACAAUCCACAGGAAAUUAUUCGCAGCAGCAAGCAGUUCCGGAUUCUCUACGAUAUGGGCUUUAAGAAGGAGGACAUAGAUCAAGCCCUUCGCACGUCCAAUAUGAGCCUAGAAGAAGCCAUGGAGAUGUUGCAACGUAACAACGGUAACAAUAUGCCGGACUGGCGACGUCACGAUGAUCAUCCCGGAGGUUUUGAGCCACCUUUUUCAGGUGGGCGCUUCCCCGGCGGUGGUGCUGGACCAUCGUUGCAAUUUCCACAGAACCAAAAUGGACCGAACAACAACAUGCCAGCUGGCAUGGGCGGUGGCAAUCCGAAUCUGGCCGGUUUGAAUUCUCUUAGCAAACCAUUGCAAAGCUAUCUCAAUCAGGCUCCUCCAUCGGGUCCCGGACCGUUCAAUCAGGGAGGCCCGAAUAGCGGAGUAGGUGGAGGUGCUGCUGGCGUUUUGGGUGGUGGUGGUGGAGUUGGCCAGAACUCAUCCGCCCAGCCAUCAACUCAGCAGCUGCGUAUGUUGGUUCAGCAGAUCCAAAUGGCUGUUCAGGCGGGAUAUUUGAAUCAUCAAAUCCUAAAUCAACCGUUGGCACCGCAGACGCUUUUCUUGUUGAAUCAAUUGCUGAAUAACAUUAAGCAACUACAAGUCACGCAGAGCAAUUUACAACGGGGUGGUGGCGCUUCCAAUAAUCAAAUGUCGAUGAUUCCGAAAAUAAAGCAACAAAUUGCUGGAUUGCAGAACCAAAUCGCCACCCAACAAGCAAUUUACGUGAAACAACAACAGCAGCAACAGCAGCAUUCUGGAAACACUUCCAACAUCAACCACCUGGCAAAUAACUUCCAUCGUGAAUCGAAUGAUCUAACUACUCUUCAAAAUAGCUUAUCGGAAAUGGGAUUGGGUAAAGAACAUAAUGGUCCUUACCACCAUGGCCCUGGAGGCGGCGGUACCGGUACCGGUUCUACCAGUCAACAAUCUCGCCUGAAUCAGUGGAAGUUGCCCACCGUCGACAAGGAUGUGGGACACGAUUUAACUGAUUUCUCUCGUGCACCUGGAACAACGGCCAAAUCAACGCUUUCCACUACUGGAUCAAGCAUUAGCGGUUUAAGUGGUUUACAAGGAGAUAACACCUGGUCCACUGGUCGUGGAGGAAUUGGAGACGGAUGGCCAGAUUCCUCGGCCGAUACUGCUAGCAAAGAUUGGCCGGCUAAUCAAGAUUCAUUCACAGAUUUAGUUCCUGAGUUUGAACCUGGAAAACCGUGGAAGGGUACGCAAAUGAAAAUCGAGGAGGAUCCGACCAUCACACCGGGAAGUAUUGCACGCAGUCCUAUUGCUUCCAUCUCCAUUGGUUCGGCAAAGGAUUCAGACUUGUUUGCCAACAGCAGCAAGCCAUCCCCAACCGAUUCGAUCAGCUUGUCCUCGUCUACUUGGAGCUUCAAUCCAGGCAAUAACAAUUUCUCGAGCUCAAUUUCUAAGCUUGGUGGCAACAAAAACACUUGGUCCGAUGCCGGAGCGUCCGACUUGUGGGGAACUGGUUUGGGCAGCGGCACUGCUGGUGGCAAAACUCCUCGUGGCCCUCCACCGGGCUUAUCUGCCGGAAAGAAUCCAGGGGGCUUUGGGUCCAAUGGAUGGAACCAACGUCCGGGACAAGGUGGCAACAAUUGGCCCGCUGGAGGUGGUGGUGGCGGUCCAGCAUGGUAUUCAACGUGGAUUUUGUUGAAAAAUUUGACUGCCCAGAUCGAUGGGCCGACUCUCCGUACACUGUGCAUGCAGCAUGGUCCGUUGCAGAACUUCCAUCUUUACCUGAACCAUGGAAUUGCCCUCUGCAAGUAUCAAUCUCGCGAGGAAGCCAAUAAGGCGCAACAGGCACUGAACAAUUGCGUGCUCGGCAACACAACUAUCUGCGCCGAAUCACCAACGGAUAGUGAAGUGCAGACUAUUUUGCAGCACCUUGGAGUUCCGGGAGGCAACAACAAUAAUAAUAACAACAAUAACAGUAACAUGGGCUCCGCCGGGGGACUUGGAGGUGGCAACAAUAAUUCUCAACCAUGGCGCACCGGUGGUACUCAGCAGUCGAAUGUUCGUUCAACGGAUACAUGGGGAUCUGGAUGGCCCUCAUCCGGAGCAAGUAUUAACCCGUGGACCCUGGAUGGUCCGACAGAGCGUGGAACUCCUUCAAACUUGAACUCAUUUUUGCCAGAGAACUUACUUGGUGGAGAUUUAAAUUGAGUAACAAAAAUCAAGUGAGUAGAUUAUGAUUAUAAUUGAACCAUAGAUCAAAACCUGAAAUGCAAAGGAAUGCAUCAUUAGUGCGCCGCCAACUCUCUACAAUCAUAAACGCACCCGUACUAUUACGAUCAAAUAAGUCAAAAAUAGGGAACCGCAGCAAAAUGCAAUUCAAUAUACACAGGUCUUUACUCAAAUGCAUGUACAAUAUCAGAAAUAGUGUUUGUAUAACAGAGCUGCAACAGAUUGAUAUUUUGUACAAUUUUAUUUUUUGCUAUUAUAACAAAAAUACACACAAGUUUAAGGGGAAUAGUGUAAUGGUUAGCAAUGAAGUAGCAUUUAAGACUUUAUUACCUGAUCUUAUUUUUGUUAAUUUUAUGUUUUUAUAUGCAUAUUUAAAUUAUUAUCUAAUUGAAA